ACAGACAGACAGACAGAAAGUGAAACUAUAAAGACAAGUUGUGAAGGUAAGCUGUGCAUGGAGCAUGGCUGAUAAACGCGGAGAUGUCGUGGAGAUGGACGCGUCGGAGCGGAGCAGGACGGUGGUCGUGUCCGGUGUGCCCAAAGUGUUACCCGUCGACAGGAUGAUUGACAAGCUGACCGUACAUUUCCAGAGGCGCCGGAGGAGUCACGGAGGGGACGUCGAGGUGGUUCGAUACCCGACCCACUUGGACGGAGUGGCGUAUGUCACUUUCGACAAACCUGCAGAUGCAGAGAGGGCGGCGUUGAAGGAGGAGCAGAUCAUGAUGGACGAUGAGUUUCCCGCGGACUACCUUCUGACUGUGUUUCCUCUCACCAGCGAUGUGUCUCUGUAUGUCUCCAGGGCUCAGGUCGAUCUUUCCCUGUUCGGCAGCGACCAAGCGUUCCUCAUUCAGAGUCUGCGCUCGGCCCACAGGUCGCUACAUUUCCUGCCUCUGCUCCAAGUGAGAAAAGCCACCGUAGAGGGGCCUUUAACCGCCGUCCAGGCCCUGAGAGACGACCUCAUCCGCAGGGCCAACCUGCUUCAAUCCCAAACUGCUGCCGUCCAAACACCAGAAACUCCUCUUAAUCCAGAGGUCAUAUCUCAUGGAGGGGUUGGAAGCUGUGCUAAAGCUAAUCCGGCGAACAGCUUGUCAACACGGCUGCAGACCACAGGUGAAGUCAAAAGCCCGUCCUUAAAAACUCAAACUCCAAACGGUUCCUCGAGGCAAAAGGUUCAGGAGAGGGGCUCGGCUGAAGGACGCUUCUGUGACACAGACGUUGACGGAGCGAAGCAGAAUUCUCAAAGCAGGGUCAACGCGGCCGCCGCGUCUAGAAGAAGCCCGGAAGUGUUCAAGCAACAGGCGGAAGAAAAGCUUCAAGAAGAGAACAAUGUACAAAAACACACCACACCAGACGGGACAAAAAGGAUGCAAAAAGAGAAUCAUUUGGAUUCUCGCUGCGUUAACACUGGCUAUCAGAAAGAAUCCGAUAGGAGGAGCUCGGCCACUGCUGCCGGAUUUAAGGAUGAUUCAAACUCAUCCGGGAGAAACACUGAGGAAACAGUCUGGGUCGACUCAAACACGCUUCAAUACAUUAGAAAAUUCGAGAAGGAGAAAUUGGACAAAUGCUUGAGAGAUGUUACUUCUGAAUUCAGUGAAGGUUCUGACCUGGUGAGGGUGAUCUUGUCUGGGAGGCAAACCUCCAAGGCGACCACAGUCAUCCAGACGGCGUUGGAAGAGUUUCAGACUUUGAUGGAGGCGUCGGCUACGACCUUAAGAGUCCACGAGAUCGACUUGGGAGAGGAGGAGCGUCGACAAAAACAGGAAGUGAUUCGGAUCUGCGACGAAGUGAAUGACCUGAUUGAUGAUGUUCUGUACAUGUUUGAGGGUUCUCGUAUUAAAAUCAUCGGCCCGUCAUCGUCUAGUUAUCUAUUCUGCAGUUACGCAAAGGGUAGAAUUUCUCAUCUUCGAUACAAAUAACUGAAGUA